ACCAAACAACUGAUCUGACGUUUACUACCUAUCAAAAUGGCCAACGAAGCGGAAGAAACCGUCCGUAAAUUAACCCUCCACAAGGGUGUAGCCGGCGUAAUAAUCGUGAACGGCGAAGGUAUACCCAUCAAGACCACUCUAGACAACCACACGUCGGUACAAUACGCCGGUUUGAUGUCUUCUCUGGUUGACAAAGCUAGGUCUGUGGUCAGAGACUUGGAUCCCACAAACGAACUGACCUUCCUGAGGAUACGAAGCAAGAAGACCGAAGUUAUGGUGGCUCCAGACAAAGAUUUUAUACUUAUAGUGGUGCAGAAUCCUACGGACUAGCUAAGGCUUUUCUUUUAGGCGUGGAGUAGACAUCUUGUGUACCUUUGCAAGGAUUUGAAUACAUGCCUAAAACUAUAAA